AUGGGCUCUCGCUGGCAGCAGGCCGUCAAUGGAGACGCGGCAGAGAGUCAUGUUGCCGAAGCCGAUAUCAGUGACAUCAAGCAACUACAACAGUGGAAUGGCAAAGGCGUCCUCCGGGACGAUACUCUGCGCGUGCACGACUUGAUCCAGACGCGUUUCGACGUUCAACCGUCUGCCCCCAGCGUCUGCUCUUGGGACGGUGAUUUGACCUACUAUGAGCUGGAUCAACUGUCCUCCGGUCUGGCCGACGAGCUGGUGGCCCGAGGAGUUGGCUGUGAGAUGAUUGUGCCCUUGUACUUUCAAAAAUCGAAAUGGACUGCCGUGGCUAUUCUUGCCGUCAUCAGAGCCGGAGCAGCCUUUGUGCUGCUGGAUGACUCGCACCCUUUGCCGCGUCUGCGCGAGAUCUGCCAGGAGGCGCGUGCGAGGAUUGUGCUGGCCGCUAGCGGGCUUCAGGACGAGGCGCGACGACUGGUAGACGAAGCCGUCGUCGUCUUGGUUGGGGAGACGCAGUCGCAGCAAUGGCCUCGGGGCAGCGUUGAGGCGUGGAGGGCGUCGCCCGUAACGGGUUCCAGUGCGUUAUAUGUCGUGUUCACUUCUGGGUCCACGGGGAAACCGAAAGGCGCGGUGAACGAGCAUGCCUCCCUCUGCGCGGCAGCUGAGGCAUCGGGGCGGGCUCUGGCCAUGAGCUCCCGGACAAGGGCCUUCCAAUUUGCUUCGUUUGCGUUCGACCCGACAAUCAUGGACUUCCUCCGGACUUGGAUCUUCGGCGGAUGCGUGUGUAUCCCGUCUCGAGACCAGACAAGAAACGAUAUUGCUGCUGCCGUCGCCCAGUACGGAGCCAAUCUCGCAAGCUUGACGCCUUCCGUGGCCCGGCUCCUGGACGUCGACGCGCUGCCGGGCCUGCGAGCACUCGAGUUCGCCGGCGAGCCAAUGCUGCAGAGUGACCUUGAGAAAUGGGCCGGCCGGUUGUUGCUGGUCAACGCGUACGGCACCGCCGAGUGCUCCGUGUACUCGGUGGUUUGCUCUCCCGUGCGUCGCGAUGGACACCCGCACAACAUCGGCUUCGCGGCCGCGUGUGUCGCCUGGAUCGUGGAUCAGGCCGACCACAACAUUCUGCUCCCCAUCGGCCACGUCGGAGAGCUCGUGCUGGAGGGCGCCGGUGUAGGGCGAGGCUAUCUGAGCAACAAGGAGCUGACGGCAGCCUCCUUUGUGCCUGGCCCGCCUUGGCUGCAUCAGUUCCGAGGCGAGCAAUCCCGUCAUAUUCGCCUGUACAAGACGGGCGAUCUGGCACAAUACCAGCCUGAUGGAUCUCUUCAGUGUCUGGGCCGCAAAGACACCCAGGCCAAGAUUCGCGGGCAGCGCAUUGAGCUGAGCGAAGUGGAAUGGCAUAUUGCGGAGCUGCUUCACGAGCAAGACCAGGUGGUUGUGGACGUGGUCCAGGCAGACCGUGGUGUUUCUUCGCAGCCCGUCCUUGUAGCAUUCGUGCGCCUCCAGGAUGCUGUGGUCGACGAGGCGUCGCCGGUCUCUGAGCUCUUGGCCACGCCCACAGACGCUUUUCGUCUCCAGAUGGAGAAGGUCGAGAUGGAGCUGAAAGGGCGAGUGCCCGCGUACAUGAUUCCCGGCGCCUUUGUCGCGCUGAACCAUGUUCCCCUGUCCGUAUCAGGCAAGACAGAUCGUAGGCGACUUCGAGAGGAGGCUUCUGGACGGCCAUGGGCUGCUAUUGAGGUGUACAUGAUACACCAGAAGGACACGCCUUAUUCUCCGAAAACAGACGUCGAAAGGACGCUCCAAGCAUCGUUUGCUCACAUACUAGGACUGCAGGCCGAGGAGCUCGGUCUGCAUGAUUCCUUUUUCCGCAGAGGAGGCGAUUCCAUCUCGGCCAUGCAGCUCAGCGCCCAUUGUCGACGUCGGGGCCUGUCUAUCACGACCCAGGAGAUUUUCCAAUACCCUUCAAUUGCUGGCUUGAACGCUAGAAUCCUCACCGAGUUGGGUUCCCGGGCCGCCUCUACAGCUCUCCCUUUUCCCCUUUCCCCCGUACAGCAUGAGCUGUUUGAGCACAAGAGCUUACUCAUACGGAGUCUUCUCCUACGCCUGGCGAGCCCCAUCACUCUGAUGGCGUUGGAAUCCGGGCUGCAAACUGUCAUCCGCCGCCAACCCAGCUUGUCCACUAGGUUUACCUCUCGAGAAGACGGCCAACCAAUGCAGACUGUGACUUCUCUGAUCCAGGGCUCGUAUCAAUGUUCUCACUUUCAAACUCAUGCUGCCGCUAUAGACACACUUGAUCUUCGCCCAGGGCGUAUUAAUUUGGAAACCGGACCGAUUCUUUUGGCUGAUUUAAUCACUGUCGAGAAAGACGAUAAUCAACAUCUGCUCUUGGUGGUUCCACAGAUCGUUGUUGACGCCCCUUCAUGGCGGAUCAUCCUCAACGAGCUAAGUAGCUGUUUGAGUGGCGGCGGCGAAUCGUCCUCUUCCAUCGCCACGGGAUCGUUCCAGUCGUGGUGUGAGGGCAUGAAGCCGAAGCCCCGAGUAAGCGGGCAACCUAAUGGACAACCCGUUGUGCGGUGCCCGUCCAAUUUUUGGGCAUCCGUCGAUUCAAGUAGUACGAAAACAAGCGGGACUGUUUCCAUCGAGUUUCACGUAAAUUCCUCCAGAACCGCCUUGUUAGCCCAGAGGGGCAAACAGGCCCUUCGCGCUGAGCUGGCUGAGUUGCUCUUGGGCGUCGUUUUACACGCUUUCAGGGCUACCUUCCCCGAACGAGACGGGCUGCAAACCUUUGUCGAACGCGAUGGACGAACGGCAGACACUUCCCAAGUUGUUGGCCAGUUUACCACCUACGCGCCCAUUAUACUGCAAGAGGGUCAGGACGGCGAUGUGUUGGACAUGGUGCGCCGAACGAAGCAUGCUUAUCGCAAAGCCUCCAAGGAACAUGCCAUCUAUUCCGGACAGACAUUCCCGAUGGAGGCGAUUUUUCGCUGGAAACAGGAGGAGCAGCAAGUCCUCGAUCCGAGAUCUGAGACGGGAGAACCUUUUCUGCGGAGGGUAUCAUCUCCUCUAGAUGACGGCGAAGCGCAUCCGCCAGCCCUAUUUGACCUUACUGUGUUGAAAUCCAGCGGCUCCCUCAUUGUUUCCCUGGUCUAUUCGGAACAUGUGCUGCACCAAGGCGCCAUUAGCCAGUGGAUCCGGCUCUCUCAAGACACAUUGGACGAGCUUCUGCGGCGAGUGGAAAAUCUCGCGUUUCGGCCGGCACUCAGCGACUUCCCGCAGCUGUCCGUCUCCCCGGAGGAGCUCGAGACCCUGACCUCGGACAUUUUAUCCCGACAAGGUAUCCUCAAUGUGUCUGACAUAGAAGACAUUUAUCCAGUCUCUUUCAUUCAACAAGGAAUGUUAUUGAGUCAAGCCAAGGAUCCCAAGGCCUACUGGUCCCGUACCUCAUGGGAGGCACGUUCUCGCGAUGGGACUCCAGUCGGGCUGCGCAGACUUCAGGACGCAUGGCGGCAGGUGGCGAUGAGCCAUUCUAUACUGCGGACUCUGUUUGUACAGAGCCAAGACGGCUCCCAUUACCAAGCUCUGUUAACGAGUCCGCCCCUUCCCAUCAACAUCGUGUCCCAGGAUGGCCCAGAGGAAAUCGAAGUCGGCACGAACCAGGCUCUUGGUGUCUUGGGAGGGAGCACGUUACUCCCCUGGAGUCUUGCCCUGACACCUCUGAGUAACGGCAAUGUGACAUGCGAGAUUCAGAUAAGCCAUGCUCUUAUGGACGGCGAGUCAAUGCAAUUGCUGCUCCGGGAUAUUCAACGCGCUUAUGGUAAAGAGCAGUUGCACGGGCACUCUCCGCUGUAUAGCCAAUACGUGGACUAUCUGAACCACGUCCCCCGUGAUACGGUGCUUGAAUAUUGGAAAACCUACCUCGAGGGCACUGAGCCGUGCCACUUCCCUUCGUUUCCGGCUCCACAGUCUGCUCCGGCGGUCGAUAAGCUUGUGGAUCUUGAUGUUGCUAUCGACAACGUUGACCAAGUAUUUGCUUUCUGCAAGGAAGAGGGUGUUACACUCUUCAACGUGGUGCAGCUGGCCUGGGCCAUCGUGCUCCAAUGUUACACGGGCAAUGAGACGGUUUCCUUUGGCUACUUGACAUCUGGGCGAGACGUUCCCAUAGAUGGGGUAGAGGAUAUGGUCGGCCCUCUAAUCAAUAUGCUGAUCGCCCGAAUCGAUCUCCAGGGCGACCUGAGCAUUCGGCAGCAUUUGCACGAGUGCCGGAAUCGGUACAUGCAGAGUCUUCCUAACCAACACUGCUCUUUGGCCGAUAUUUAUCGUGCCCUGGGGAACCGUGGUACACCAAUGUUCAACACCAUCAUCACUUACCAAAAGCAGAUCCCCACUAGUGCCAGUGCAAACAUAGAGUUCAACGAGAUCCUUGAUCAACAACCUACCGAGUUCGAUAUAGUCUUGAGCGUCAAGGCUGGACGCAGUGAUGCGGCCGUCUCGCUCACCUACUGGGGACAUAAGAUACCGCCCGAGUUGACGUGCAGCAUUACACACACUUUCAGCGCUGUGCUUGGGGAGAUUACGACCCGGGCGGAUGUGGCCGUGUCCGAGAUGAACCUAGUCAGCGCCGCAGACCUGGACCAGAUUAUGGACUGGAAUAGUCGACCCGUUGCCACGUUGAAAGCCUGUAUCCACGACCUGGUCAAGGCAGAGUGCGUCGCGCACCCGGACCGGCUGGCGAUUGACGCAUGGGACGGAAGCCUCACAUAUCAACAGUUGUGGGACCAUUCCUCCUCGCUGGCUAAACAUCUAACAGACCAGGGAGUUGGGCCGGAGAUGGCCGUCCCGAUUUGUCUCGAGAGGUCUGUCUGGGUGCCUGUUUCUAAGCUGGCUGUCCUGAGAGCAGGGGGCAUAUGUGUGCCCCUGGAUCCCAGUGCCCCCGUCGAGCGUAUGCAGGCCGUGCUUGAUGAGGCAGAGCCAGAAGUCAUCCUCGUCUCAUCAACAACCGUGGACAUCGACUUUCAAUCCUCGGCAAAAAAAGUUGUGAUUUCCCCAGAAAUCUUUGAGCACUCUGCCACACAACUCCAGGAUCCGGCUUCACCUGCACAGCCCAGCAACGGUGCAUACAUCCUCUACACUUCCGGCAGCGCUGGGCGUCCCAAGGGCAUCAUCCUUCAACACGAUGGACUCUGCACGAGCUUGCGUGAUCAGAGUCACAGCUUGUCCAUGAAUUGGGAGACUCGAGCGCUGCAGUUCGCCUCGUACACUUUUGACGUUAGUGUUUGGGAAAUAUUUGCCGUUCUGGCCUCGGGGGGGUGUGUCUGUAUCCCGUCCCAAACAGCCAGAAUGAACGAGCUGGCUUCAUUCGUUUCCGAUGCAAAAGUCAACUGGGUGGCCUUCACGCCGUCCUUCGUUCGUCUUUUCCAGCCCAAGGACUUCCCUGGCGUGCGGACCAUGGUUCUGACGGGGGAGAGCCUGCCCCAAGACAUCGCCGACACGUGGUCCAGCAAAGUCAGGCUUGUCAACGCGUACGGGCCUACCGAGUGCACAAUCUGCGCCGUACAGCCUGUACAUCCCGGUCGAUGGACUAUGGGCACAGUUGGACGGGCGGUCGGCGGUGCUGGCUGGGUCGUUGAUCCAUCCAACAUCCACCGGCCCAUGCCUAUCGGCGCGAUAGGAGAACUCAUGUUCGAAGGUCCUGUCGUAGCUCGCGAGUACUUUCGUCGGCCUGAUGCCACCAAGACGUCUUUUGUUUCUGCUCGACCAUCCUGGCUACCCACGCCUUCUCCCUACGCCGGUUGUCGGUUGUACCGAACAGGCGACUUGGUGCAUUAUAAUCCGGACGGUUCGCUGCGAUAUUUGGGUCGCAAGGACAGCCAAAUAAAGCUUCGGGGUCACAGAAUCGAACUGGAAGAGGCAGAGUUCCACAUUCGGCGUCAUCUCCCCCCGGGAUAUAAUGUCGUUGUCGACGUAAUCCAUCCGAUCGAUCAAGUCAGCUCCAGCAUCAUGAUUGCAUUUAUCAACGAUGAGACGGACACAAGCCAGGCUGACCGGCAGCGGUUGUUCUUGAUGCCAGUCAAUGACAACUUCCGUUCGCUGUCGCAAGAAGUCCAGAAAAAGCUACCUGUUUCAAUCCCCAACUACAUGAUACCUCAACUCUUGAUUCAGAUCUCCAGGAUUCCGAGAACCAAGUCUGGAAAGACUGACCGUCGAUUCAUUCGAGUAGCUGCCUCGCGGUUAUCUCGCGGCGAACUCGAGGCCCUGGUGGACUUCGGGGGAGCUAACGGAAAGAUGCAGCCUACAACGUCAAAUGAGGAGCUCAUGCAGGGCCUCUGGGCUACAGCGCUUGACCUGUCGACGGAAAGGAUAGGCGUGAGUGAUAAUGUCUUCCAGCUCGGGGGUGACUCCAUCACGGCCAUGAAGAUUGUCCGCCUCACUCGCGCAGCAGGUUACAGCCUGGUGGUUUCCGACAUAUUCACUAGGCCAACCCUAUCAAGUCUUGCCAAGGAGCUGCGGCGUCUGCCCCGAUCAUCCGCUCAAGGUGCUGCUCCAUUCAGCCUGAUACCCCCCGAAGAGAAGCUCGGAACGCUCAGGAAGAUGGCGAUGACCGAGUGCCAGGCAUCCUUCGACGAGAUAGAGGACAUUUAUCCCUGCACAGCGCUUCAGGAAGGCCUUAUGAGUCUCACUAUCAAACAGCAAGGCUCCUAUGUGGCGCAGUACCAGCAUCGUAUCGAUCCCGGCGUCGACCUUCCUCGUCUCGCAGCCGCAUGGGACAUGGUUGUUGCUGCCAACCCAAUCUUGCGCACACGGAUCAUCCAGUCUCAGUCCGUCCGUGGGUUUCAGGUGGUUUUGAAGCAUGGCCCUACCUGCAUCAUACAGUCCUGCGGUUUCGAGGAGUCCAUGAAUGCCAUAAAGGAGACCAGAAUCGCACUCGGAAGCCCGCUGCUGCAGUGUUUGAUCGUCUCGAGUGAGUCUGAGGCCUUUUUCGUCCUCAACAUUCACCAUGCCGUAUAUGACGGCUGGUCCAUGACGCUUCUCCUUGAGCAGUUGGAGUCGGCUUAUACUGGCCAGAGUUUGAAGUCCCGGCCGUUCACAGGCUUUAUUGAAUAUCUGAACCAUGUGGAUCGAUCGGCAUGUAGCAAAUUUUGGCGCUCCCAGUUCGCAGAUUUGAACUGCGGCGUGUUUCCUGCGCCCUCGGUUCAGCUCAACCGUACCGACAAAGCGACUACUCUGCAGCUUGUAGAGCACAGGCUGGAAACUCCAACCAUGAGCUCGAAGUUCACCCUUUCCACCAUAGUCCGCCUCGCCUGGGCCGUGGUGCUGUCCAAGCACACCGAUUCAGGUGAUGUCGUCUUUGGGGCGACUGUUGCCGGACGUAGCGCGCCUGUCGGAGACAUUGAGCAGAUGACGGGCCCUACCAUGGCGACAGUCCCCUUUCGAGUGCGUGUAAAUCCUGAGGAGUCUGUGCAGGCGUCAUUGGAGAACGUACAGGCCCGAACCAUUGACAUGAUCCCGUACGAAGCAACUGGUCUACACAACAUCAAGGCUCUAGGAGCAGACGCUGCCGCCGCCUGUCAAUUCCAGAACCUUCUCGUCAUCCAACAGCAGCAAAGCUUCUACCAGCCAAAGCUUCUGCAUGAGGUUCAGCGGUUUACGGAAAACAUCGCCGCUAUCAACACGUAUCCUUUGACUCUUCUCUGCAAUCUGAACGGAGACCAUAUUUUGAUCCAGGCAUCCUUCGAUUCGGAAGUACUGAGUAGAGCAGAGACCGAAACUUUAUCCUAUCAUCUGGGACGGGCGAUCCUACAAAUAGCGGAAGAGCAAUGCCUGAAAGUUUCUGAUAUUGACAUGGUCGGGCCGGAGACCAUCUAUCAGCUCCAGGUUUGGAACAAAUAUAUCCCUCAGCAGGUUGAUGGCAUGGUGCACGGGGUGAUAGGAGAUUAUUUCAAAAGCCGGUCGCAGGCACCCGCCGUGUGUUCAUGGGAUGGUAACCUGUCCUACGGCGAGCUGGGCAGCUUGUCCUCUCAGCUCGCUGAGUUUCUAGUCCAGCAAGGAGUAGGGCCAGAUGUCCUCGUCCCCGUGUAUCUGGAGAAGUGCAUGUGGACGCCUAUUGCCAUGCUCGCAAUCAUGCUCGCCGGCGGCGCAUUUGUGUUAAUGGAUCCUGCGCAUCCUCUCGAUCGUCUGAAACGUAUCUAUAGUCAGCUGGAUGCUCCUGUUCUGCUCACGUCUACCUCGCUUUCCAAUGGUGCGAUGAACAUGACCAAGGCAGUCAUCCUCCUGGAUCGUGCGGAAUGGGAAAAGACGGCGGAUCGUAAAUCAACAAAAGCCGAACUAUGGACGUCGUCUGAUGUCAAGCCGAGUAACACGGCCUAUGCAGUUUUCACCAGCGGUACCACUGGCACUCCCAAAGGUGUCGUUAUUGAGCAUGCGGCAUUGCUUACGAGUAUGCAAGCCCUCAUAGGGCCUAUGGGCAUCAAUAGUACUACACGAGCUCUCCAAGUGGCUUCGUAUGCCUUUGACGUUAGUGUCUCCGACCAUCUAGCGACUCUUCUUGCUGGCGGCUGUGUCUGCAUUCCACAUUCUUCGCAGCGGGAAAACAACCUUGCUUUGGCCGUGAAAGAGCUCCAAGCCAACUACAUGCAUAUCACACCGUCGCUAGCUGAGCUUCUGCAGCCGAGAGAUGUUCCUGGCUUGCAUACUCUUGUGCUUAGCGGAGAACCGAUGACGGCAGGUCUGGUGAGCACCUGGGCUGACUCGGUGAAGCUGAUCAACGCGUAUGGACCUGCGGAAUGCUCCGUUGACUGCUUCGUCAAUGCCUCCAUCACGAAUGCAACGGACCAUUCCAACAUAGGUACUGCUACCGGAAGCAUUGGCUGGAUCGUCGACCAGAGGGACCACGACAAGCUGGCCCCAAUUGGCACAGUUGGUGAACUAUUAGUUGAGGGCCCAAUCUUGAGUCGAGGGUAUUUGAAGAAUGAACAGAAAACUUCUGCUGCCUUUAUCCAGGACCCCGCGUGGGUUCGCAGGUUUCCACCCCAAUCCGGUCCACGGAGGUUUUACAAAACAGGGGAUCUGGUUCAGUAUCACCCGGAUGACGGAUCGAUGCGCUAUGUCGGCCGCAAAGACACGCAGGUCAAAGUUAGAGGCCAGCGACUUGAGUUGGGGGAAAUCGAGUAUCAUUUGAAGGAGUGUUUCCCGCAGGCUACGCGACUGAUGGUGGAUCUGAUUGUUCCCAUGAGUAAUGAUGAAAAACCCGUCUUGAUGGCCUUCAUCGAAAUUAUCAGCGACUAUCAUGAUCUGAAGGGAGAAAUCCUUCAGCACAAACUCUUCAGCCGGCCUAAUGAUGCGUUCAGAGCCGAGGUUCAGGCUGUAGUAACUCAACUGCGCAGGAAGCUUCCAUCCGCCAUGGUGCCGUCAAUCUUUAUCCCCAUGGUGAAAAUUCCUCUAUCGUCUUCUUGUAAAACGGAACGAGAAAUUGUACGGCAAGCUGCCUCGCGUCUUGUGCGAGAAGAAAAAAGAUUCUUCAUGGCGGCAAGCAGAGUCAAACGAGCCCCGGCCACCGAGAUGGAGCGCCUUGUCCAAUCCAUUUCCGGCCGCGUAUUGAAGGUGCCGCUUGAGGAUAUCGGAAUGGACGAUACCUUUUUCGAGCAUGGAGGAGACUCAAUCUCAGCUAUCCGGUUUGUUGGAGACGCCCGUCAAAGCGGUUGGUCUGUGGAUGUCGUAGACAUCUUCAACGAGUCGACCCUCGCAGCGCUGGCCCAAAAGAUGAAGCGUAGUGAAGAGGAUUCCACAGAAUGGACAGUCUCUCCAUUUUCUCUCCUGCCGAGUGAGAAGGAAACAGCUCGGCUUCUCUCCCUCGCGGCCAGCUCUUGUUCCAUUUCCCUUGAACGGAUCCAAGACAUCUAUCCCGCGACCGCCCUCCAGGCUGGGUUGCUGGCGUUAAGCUUGAAGCAAAGGAGGGCGUACCAGGGAUUUUUUCCUGUGCGGCUGCCGUCUAAUGUCGACCUCAUCAGCCUGAAGAGGGCUUGGGAGUCGACCGUGGAAGCCAAUGUCAUUCUACGUACUCGACUCAUCCAAGAUGCCGAUGGAAGACUGUACCAAGCCGUACUAGAUUCUGAAGUCGAGUGGAACGAAGCAGCUGACUUAGACGAGUACCUCGGAGCAGGAGCUCCUCUAUCAAUAGGUCUGGGAGGGCCUUUAGCCAAAGCUUCCAUUGCGCAAGAUUCUAAGCAAGGCGGGUGGUGGCUAGUGUUGACAUUGCACCACGCCUUGUAUGACGGAUGGUCUAUCCCUCUCCUUGUCCAGGAUCUGCAAACAGCCUACCUUGGCCUGACGUUAUCUCCCCGUCCGUUCAAUGGGUUCAUGGCUUCCUCGAACACACGCUCCUCCUCCGCGGGCUGUCCUGACUUCACCAUUUCCACCAUUGUUCGCCUAGCUUGGGCAACGGUGAUCUCUAGCUACAGCAGCUCGGACGAGGUAGUUUUUGGCGCCACCGUCGCUGGACGCAGCGCUCCAGUCCCAGGCAUUGAGAGCAUGACAGGUCCAACCAUUGCCACGGUGCCCAUUCGCGUUCACGUCGAUCCCAACAUGCGUACAAAAGAUGCGCUGGCAGACCUUCGAGCACGUGGAACCCAAAUGAUAGGAUUCGAGCAGGCUGGGCUCCAGUCCAUUCGCUCCCUCAGUCCUGAGGCUGCCUUGGCAUGCCAGUUCCAAAGUUUGCUCGUCAUUCAGUGGAUGAAUGAAGAAAAUUCUGAACCGUCAGACUUCUCCGUGGCCUAUGAGUAUGCUUACGACGAGAGGGCAUUUUCCUCGUACGCCAUCAAUCUCACUUGCGACCUGGCUCCAUCUUCAAUCAAGUUCCGAGCCGCGUUUGAUAGCCGUAUCACUGACCCUGCGGUCAUGCAAAUGAUGCUGUUCCAGAUGUCCGAAGCUAUUUCACGAGUCAUGGAUAACGCCAUGUUUCUGAGGGACCUCAAGGAGAUUAGUUCACACGGCAUGCAAUCUCUCCUAGAAUGGAAUGCCCAUCUCCCGCCACGUAUUCAUUCUUGCAUACAUGAUUUCAUUUUAUCCCACAGCGAGAACACACCAGACGCCGUUGCCGUGGACGCGUGGGAUGGGAUGCUAACAUACCGCGAGCUGGACUCCCUUUCUCAUUGCUUAUCAGCUCAUCUGCUCUCAUCGGGCCGAGUGAAGCCAGAGAUUAUUGUCCCUAUUUUGUUGGAGAAGUCCAUGAACACAGCGAUUGCGCUACUUGGUGUGAUGCGAGCUGGAUGUGCAUUUCUUCUGCUGGACCCUGCGCAGCCAGCCGCCCGCCUGAGAUCGAUCUGCGAUGCUGUUGAGCCACAAGCCAUUGUAGUCUCGGCGGAACAUGCGGAUCUGGUACCUACACUGGCCCCAAAGGCACAAGUAGUGAUCUUCUCAAGGCAAAGUCUUCCCUCGUCUGGUCUCUCCAACGGAGCGAUUCUCCCAAUUGCAGUUUCUCAUCCCAGGCAAGUUGCCUUCUGCGUCUUCACUAGUGGAUCUACGGGAACACCAAAGUGUAUUCUCAUCGAGCACUCUUCAUUUUGUACCAGCGGCAUGGCGGCUGGGCGACUUGUGGGUAUGGACCAGAACACACGGGUCUUCCAAUUCGCAUCCUAUGCCUUCGAUGUCAGCAUCACCGAUCAUCUACUUCCUUUGAUGCACGGAGGAUCCAUCUUCAUUCCCCAUAGCGAGCGUGUAAGGAAUGACCUCCCGGCUUCAUUGAGAGAAUCAGGUGCAAACUUUGCGGAACUUACACCCUCUGUGGCGAGAAUGCUUGAUGUCGGCGAUGUAUCUCGUCUACAGACUCUCGUCAUGAGCGGUGAGGUCAUGACCCGAGCAGAUGUUAGGAAAUGGCAAGACAAAGUUCGUCUCAUUAAUUUGUACGGGCCUGCCGAAUGCUCCUGUACCGCAACUGGACAAAAUCCGGUGAACCUAGAUCAUGACCCUCAGGUGCUCGGUGAGGGCACGGGAGGCGUUUGUUGGGUUGUAGAUCCUGCUGACGAGCAGCGACUCGUUCCGAUUGGCGCGACGGGCGAGCUCAUCAUCGAGGGCCCAAUUGUCGGACGAGGAUACCUCAACGCCCCAGAGCAGACUGCAUCUGUGUUUGUCCCAUCGAUGCGAUGGCUCCAGAGACUUCGCGGCGAAGAAGGUCUUGUGUAUAAAACCGGCGACCUCGUGCAGCUGCUACCGACGGGAAAUCUGAGAUACAUCGGCCGCAAGGAUUUUCAGGUCAAAGUUCACGGUCAACGGAUUGAACUGGGCGAAGUCGAACACCAUGUGCGUCGGUUGUUCCCCGAGGCGACCAAGGUUGCGGCGGAAGUUCUCCAUCUCGAUGAACAACAGGGCAAGCCCAUUCUUACGGCCUUCUUGGAAGUCUCGCAUUUGCAGGAGUCCUGUAACGGUCACUUACCAUCACUGGAGAUGAGCCUGCUUCCGCCAACAGCCGCAUUUCUUGCCGAUGUUCAGACGACCCAGUCCAAGCUGCGCGACACGAUUCCGCCAUACAUGAUCCCCAGCCUUUUCUUGCCCGUGAAUCGCAUUGCGCUGUCUCUAUCGGGAAAGGUAAACCGUGAGAUGCUGAAGGACCUGGGCAGAAGUUUGAGUCGAAAGGACAUCGAAACAUUCGCCAACGCUCGCAGUACCAAGCGAGCACCGGAAACAAAUAUGCAGCGGGCUUUGCAGAUGUUGUGCGCCAAGGUUUUGAACACAACUGUUGACGAGAUCAGCAUUGACGACAGCUUUCUCGCACUCGGAGUUGAUUCCAUCAGCGCCAUGUCGCUCGUGGCGCGUGCGAGUGCGCUUCAGAUUGCCAUCUCUGUUGAAGACGUCCUGACCCAAAACACUAUUGAGAAACUGGCGUUGCGAGCCAAGAGUACCACAGUUCAGGUCCCGCGACAAUGUGAGCGGAUAGAUGUAUCGUUUGCCCUGUCUCCGAUCCAAGAGAUGUUUUUUGAGGUUGUGCCGCAGGAAUGCCAUAGCCACUACAAUCAAAGUUUCUUCCUCUCUCUUCAAAGACAUGUUUCUGUGGGGGACUUGGAGGCGGCGGUCCGUGAGGUGGUGAGACAUCACGUGAUGCUACGCGCUCGAUUCAGUCAAGACGCAUGUGGCCGGUGGACGCAGAGCAUAACGUCCGAGUCGUCCCCGUCCUCGUCCUUUUCAUUCAAGUCCCACGAAGUGGCUAAUACGGCGUCCAUUGAGCCCUGUGCAGUGAAGAGCCAGCAAAGCCUGGAUAUCGUGAGUGGUCCUUUGCUAGCAGUUGACCUCUUUCAGGUCCACGGUCAAGGACAAUACCUUCUUCUAGUAGCACACCACCUCGUGGUAGACCAUGUCUCGUGGCGAAUUAUCCUCGGCGACCUGGAGGAGCUCUUGGAAGCAUCGCCCGCCCCUGCUAUUCAUGGGCUCCGUGACAUUGAAUCAUCCCUGUCAUUUCAGUCGUGGUGCCAUCUCCAGGCCCAGCAUGUCCGUGAACAGCUGCCUCCUCGAAAAACAUACCCAACACCCACCGAGGACCAUGUCUGCCCUUCAACGACCUUCUCAUGUAUGGAUUAUUGGGGCUUGACGAAUCGAUCCAACAAUUGCUCGGAUGCUGUCUCUGUCGGCUUUACUUUGGACGCAGAGGUGACCGCGAAUCUUCUGGGCAACGCUAAUGAUGCGUUGCGGACAAGGCCCGUGGAGAUCAUUCAGGCUGCGCUCGUCUUCUCAUUCAUGAAACAGUUUCCAGAUCGACCACCUCCUGUCAUCCAUAGUGAAGGCCAUGGAAGAAAAGCAUGGGAUUCUUCUAUCGACUUGUCACGAACGGUAGGAUGGUUCACCACCAUAUGGCCCACGCCAGCCACCAUUCGGCCCACGCAUAGCCUUAUCGAGGUCGUGAAACGUACCAAAGAUGGGAGACGCGAACUCCGGAACAAUGGAUGGGCCUAUUUUGCAUCCCAAUUCCUACAUCCAGAAGGACGUAACCAACUUCCGCUAGAGUUGCCCUUUGAGAUGGUAUUCAACUAUGCUGGAUCAUUCCAACAGCUGGAACAGCACCAGGGACUUUUCCGCGUAGCUGACAGCCAGUACACGCGAUUUGACGCGGCAGCUACUGCUACACGGUUUGAACUGUUUGAAAUCUCUGCUGUAGUACAGCGUGGACAGUUGCAGGUGGAGACCUUUUAUCACCAAGCUAUUCCCCAAGAUCGCAUUCGGCAGUGGAGUUUAUUGUUUGAAGCUACAUUGCAUGAGGCGUGCGCGACGCUUCAGUCUAUACAGAGGCAGCUCACACUUGCCGACUUCCCUCUCCUACAAAUCAGCUACAGUGGUCUGGAGUAUCUAGUCGAUAAGCUCGCUGCCGUGGCGGGGGUACACGACAUAACAGAGAUCGAGGAUGCUUUCCCGUGUUCGAGCAUUCAACAGGGCAUGCUCCUUAGUCAAGCCAAGAAUGCAGCGCAAUACAUUACCAGUACUACAUGGGAAGUUCGAAGUACGAAGGGAAUCGAUGUUGAGCGCUUCAUACACUCAUGGCACAGGGUUGUUGAUCAAAAUCCCAUUCUCCGCACCAUCUUUGUGGAGAGCCAUUCAGGCCAGCUAUGGGACCAAGUGGUGCUGAGUCAUUCAGCCGGCGAUGUCAUACUUUUCGAAUCUGGUGGUAUAAACUCUCCAGUCCCUCGGGGGCUCUGUGGCAUCACAGCAUCCCAUCCGUGGCAGUUCAUUGUGUCUCGUGAAAUCGACUCGCUCCUGUGUGAGCUUCGCAUUUUUCAUGCUCUGGUGGAUGGUUUUUCAACGAGUUUGCUUGAGCAGCAACUUGCCUAUGCUUAUGAAGACCGAAAUUUCUCCGGCCCUGUAGCAACACUGAGAGAUUACAUCUCUUAUGUUCACGAUCUUCCCGACGGAGCAGCCACCCAAUACUGGGCUACCUACCUAAAGGGGUCAGAUCACUGUACCCUUCCCACCUCGAACCAUACUUCAAAUCCAAAUCAUCAGAAUUCGGUGGACUAUGUCACCCGGAAACUUGAAAAUAUCCGCACACUGCAAGUCUUCUGUGAAUUGAAUGGAGCCACCCUGUUUAACCUGGUCCAGCUGGCUUGGGGCUUGGUUCUGAGAGCCUACACCGCAUCCGAUGCCGUCUGCUUCGGCUAUUUAGUGACCGGACGAAACAUGCCGAUAGAUGGAAUAGAUGAGGCUAUCGGUCCCUUCAUCAAUAUCCUUUAUGAUCUUACGUUAAAUGUUGCUGUAUCAAAAAACGAGCUUGAAUUUGCACUCUGGUACCACAAGCAUUCAUUCACACGAAGCCAAGUGGAUAAUCUGGCAGUUGCAUUUGAAAGAGCUUUACUGAGUUCUGUAGCCGUUGCGGAUGCAAAAGUCCGGGAUAUUGAUCUACUGAGCGAAUAUCAUCUUCAGUGGUUAAAUUUGCGGAACAAGGUUGUCCCCGAGGCACGACAGCAGUGCAUACAUGAAGCUAUCGAGCCGUUCUUCCUCUCUACCCCCUCAGCUCAGGCAGUUUGUGCGUGGGACGGCGAUUUCUCAUAUGCCGAGUUGGACCAACUGUCAUUAUGCCUAUCUAAAGUUUUAGCCCACCGGGGUGUUCAACCGGAGGUGUAUGUGACCAUACAUUGCGAAAAAUCCAGAUGGACGCCUGUGGCCAUGCUCGCCGUCCUCCGUGCUGGCGGCGCUUUUACCCUGCUUGAUCCCUCUCUCCCUCUAGCCCACAAGCAAACCAUCUGUGCAGAUCUCAGGUCUCAGAUUAUGAUAUCAUCUAACCUCGCCGUGGAUGCCUCGUCGUUCGUCAGAGAGGUCAUAAUGAUUGGCGAUGAUGAAUAUAAGAAGUGGAUCAUGCCAACCUCAGAGCCCACACGAUCAUUGCAGGCCCAGCCCGCACAUGCAGCAUACGCGGUUUUUACAUCUGGUUCUACUGGGAAGCCCAAGGGCGUUGUUAUUGAUCAUUCUUCGUUUUGUACCAGCGCGACAGCCCAACAUAGAUCCUUAUCUAUUGACCGUUCUACUCGCGUGCUACAAUUUUCCGCCUACACCUGGGACGUGAGCAUCAUGGACCAGCUAGCAACGUUCAUGGCGGGUGGCUGCGUCUGCAUUCCUUCGGAAUCUCAGCGAGUCAACGCGCUGGCCGAGGCGAUUCAACAGUACCGUGCUACCUGGAUUCAGACAACGCCGCCGGUAGUUCGUCUCCUCGAACCUGAACAGGUCUCGUCGCUACAAACCGUGAUUCUCAUUGGUGAAACUCCAUCAUAUGAUGAUAUAAAGAUGUGGCGCCGUCGAGUAUCUCUUCGGGAGACGUUUGGUCCGACCGAGUGUUCGGUUCUGGCCUUGGUUAACCCAGACUUGUCGUCUGAUCCGAGAAACAUUGGCCGUGAGAGCGGUUGUGUCUGCUGGAUUGUUGACCCAGACAACCACCAUAAGCUGGUAGCUGUUGGUGCUAUCGGAGAGCUACUCAUUGAAGGCCCAAUUCUCGGCCGUGGUUAUUUGAAUGAUCCCGUGAAGACGUCAGCAGCCUUUAUCGAAAACCCAGCCUGGGCAAGGAAGUUCCGCCCCAAGCGGACUGUGCGACUCUACAAGACGGGAGAUUUGGUUCAUUAUUGCGCAGAUGGGUCCAUCCGUUUCUUCCGCCGCAAAGAUACUCAAAUCAAACUCAGGGGCCAACGCAUUGAGCCUGGGGAGGUUGAGCAUCAUAUAUCAAACAGCUUCGACGGCGCGGAACGUGUCGUAGUCGAUGUCCUCGCGUUGGAAUCGGAAACAUCUCGCUCAUUUCUGAUUGCUUUUGUCAAGUCGCCUAGUAUAUGUGGGAGCAACGACGUUGACGUUGGUGAUGAACUAUUCGCUCCCCCGAGUAUGGCAUUCUCCAAACAGGUUGACCUCACUCAAGCGCGCCUGCAAAGCCAGCUGCCUAAGCACAUGGUGCCCACGGUCUUUCUGCCUCUAAACUGGGUCCCUAUGACAAGCUCUUGCAAGACGGAUCGUCGACUUCUGAAACGAAAAGCAGCAGCACUGACUCGUUGUGAGCUAGAAAAAUACAUGAACGCGGGUGCGUCAGCCAAGGAGACUCCCAAGACCGAAAUAGAAAACAAGUUACAUCCACUCUGGGCCAAGGUGCUGGACCUAGAUUCAGGGACAAUCGGAAUCAACGACGACUUUUUCCGCCUGGGAGGGGAUUCCAUUUCUGCUAUGCAGCUGAUUGUUCAGUGUCGCCGUAUCGGUAUUUCUAUUGGCAUGGAAGAUUUCUUUCGUCACCGCACCCUUGCUGGAAUUUCCAGCCAUGCUCGGAACGAACGUAGUAAUACUACUCCGUUGGCUGUGGAAAAGAUGGACAAUCACUUCCCCUUAUCUCUAAGCCAACAAUUCUUCCUCCGGUAUUCCUCACAGGGCUGUGACUACUGCAAUAAUGGCGUUGUCAUCAAGAUCACUCGACGAAUUGAAACUGACCGUCUGCGACAAGCGUUCAGGGCCAUCAUUGAGCGUCACUCCAUGCUUCGAGCUCGGUUUAGCCAAGACUCUGAGGGCUCCUGGACGCAGCGCAUCACAUCCGAAACAGAAGAAUCGCAUCUGUUCCAGCAAUUAACCAUUUCUAGUCAGAACGAAUUCACUCGGGUACUCCAGGAUGCGCAGGCGUGUGUCAACAUCCAGCACGGUCCGCUUUUUGUUACAGAUUAUGUGCAAGUGGAUGGACAGGUAGACGAUUAUCUCGUUCUUGUUGCACAUCGUCUCGUCGUCGAUGCGAUUUCUUGGCGCAUUAUACUUGGGGAUCUGGAGGUUAUAUUAAGCGGGAAGAACCUUCUCUCUGAAUUGAGUACGGUGUCAAUGUCCUUCCAGGCUUGUUGCAAUCUACAGACCAGUGCCACCUCCAGACAUACUCCAACAAGAACCAGAGUCCUUCCUCGUCCAGGAAAACAAAUCCCAAAGCUCUCCCCGCUUGAGCUUUGGGGUAUGGUAGGACGCCCGAAUCAGGUCAAACACUCCAAGACUAUUACGUUUACAAUUGAUAAUUCCACUACCAAUCUGCUGUUGGGACGUGCCAACCAGGCAUUUCGGACAAAGCCAGCCGAGAUCCUACAUGCGGCGUUGAUUCAUUCUUUCCUGCAGAUCUUCACGGAGUGGACUCCCCCAGUCAUGUAUAAUGAACGCUACAAUCGUGACCCUUUAGACGAGUCCAUCCAUAUUUCGCAGACGGUGGGUUCGUUUACUACAAUCGAUCCCAUCUUCGUCGAGGUCGACAACCGUCAAGGUCUCACGGAGAUAAUACGUCGCACGAAAGAUGCCCAGCGCUCGGUUCUUGCAAACGCAUGGACUCAUCUAGGAUCGAGCUCCAAAGAUUUGCCAGACUUGGAGCGCUCAUUGCCGAAGCCGUUCGAAAUUGUCCUCAAUUAUGAGGAACUGAAAGAGCAGCCCGAGCAUGAAAACUCGAUCCUGCAAAUUAUCAGAUGGUCACAUGCUCAAUGUCAAAUAGUCGAUAUAAACCCAGAAGCGCUGCGCCUCGCGCUUAUCAAUGUCUCGGCAACCAUUGUCAAAGGGGAGCUAGUGACGUAUUUUACCUUCAACCAGCAAAUGAAACAUGGUGAUUCGCUGAGACUCUGGGUUGAUGAGUACCGAAAGUCGAUCAUCAGAGCAGUUGAUGAUCUCUCUCACGCAUCCCCAGCGUACACACUUGGUGACUUCCCCUUACUCGCAACUACAUACGAGGAUCUUGACUCCUUUAUUGCCAGCGUCCGGGGUCAAAUUGGCCAGCAUGAUGGAGAAAUCAGCGCCAUUAUACAUGAUGCAUAUCCGUGCUCUCCCAUCCAGCGCGGUAUCCUACUCAGCAAGUCCAAGGAUAAUGAUCUUUAUAGCCCUCGAUUUACGUGGAAACUUCGGGUCGCUGGUCAUGAUUCUGUUGAUAUGAUUCGGCUCCAAAAAGCAUGGGAAAUGGUCCUCCAGCGACACCCGGUUUUUCGAACAGUUUUUGUCCAGAGUAGCUUGCAUAUGGAGUACUACAACCAAGCAGUCAUGAAAUCAAUACCGGACAACAUCACCAUAGUCGAGUGUGAGGACGGAGAUACGAUGAAACUGAUAAAUGCUCAUCGUUCCACGCCUGCGCACCGAGAUCGGAAUGCUCUCUGGCACCUCAUUUUAUGCCAGGGCAAGACGGGCGACACCUUUUGCGACUUGAAAGUCAGCCACGCCUUGAUUGAUGGAACGUCCAUAGCCAUUCUUACACGCCAAGUGCAGCUAGCAUAUGACGACGUACUCCCUGCAGGCCUUGGACCCCCCUACAGUGACUAUAUCCGAUAUCUACAAUCUACCCCGAAAGAUGCCAUCAUUCAUUACUGGAAGGAGAGGCUCUCCACCAUGUCGCCGUGUAUAUUCCCCAGAAUUAGCAACUAUAAAAGACCGUUCUCUGUCAAUAGCAACAGGCGAGAACUACACUCUGUCGGGCUAGACAUCGAGGAUGCCUCAAUCAUCUACCAAUUUUGCAGGAAAUAUGGAUUUACCAUCUCCAACGUCUUACAGGUGGCUUGGGCUCUUAUCUUGCAGUGCUUUACCACCUCCGAAUCCGUUUGUUUUGCAUACGUCGCUUCUGGUCGCGACGCCCCUUUGCCCAACAUUGAAGAAGCCGUGGGUCCUUUUAUCAACGUUUUGAUCAGCCACAUGUCGCCAAGUCCUGACACACCGUUGCUCGAAGUGUUGCGGGCUAAUCAAGACGCUAACAUUGACAACCUGAAAUAUCAAAACUGCUCCCUUGCAGAGAUAUUCCAUGCUAUGUCCUUGGGCGCAGGGGAACUGUUCAACUCCAGCAUGUCAGUGCAAAACAGAACUUCAGACCACGAUUCCUCCAAUUCAUCCUUGGCAUUCUCAGUAGUUGAUGGGGAGGACCAAACAGAGUACGCCAUCGCGAUACACGCCCUCGUAGACAAGGUGGGCAUCUCCCUUUCUCUUGAUCACUGGAAGGACGAACUCCUUUCGACGGAGCAGGCCCAGCAGCUACUUCGUACAAUGGAAGCGGUAGUUGUGAACAUCGCCACAUGUCCCAACGUCAACGUUGGACAGGUAGGAUUGCUAAGCCCCGAGGAGCAUGCACAACUACACAAGUGGAAAAAGGAAAGCCCUGCGGCCCUCAGUUCCUGCGUACACGACCUCGUGGAGCGACAUUUUGAACGCUGUCCCUCCUCCCUGGCAGUCCACUCUUGGGAAGGCGAUCUCUCAUAUCGGGAUCUGGACUGCCUGUCGUCCAGACUUGCCGCUCAACUUCUGGACUUGGGUGUCCGACAAGGCACAUUUGUUGCCUUGCUUUUCGAAAGGUCUAUGUGGGCCGUCGUUUCGGUCCUUGCUGUGAUGAGAUCUGGUGCUGCAUUCGUUCUCCUGGACCCGACUAGCCCUGCAAAUCGCCAGGAGCAAGUGUGUGCGGAUGCGGGCAUCAAAAUCAUUCUCAGCUCAAAAGCUAAUCGAGUUAUGGUGAACGACCUUCCGGUUCAUGUUGUCGUAGUGGGCAGAGAAACAGCGUGCCUCUGGAGUUCUGGCGCAGUCCUGCCAUCUGUUGCAACGCCUCAGAGUGCUCUGUCCGCUGUGUUCACCCCCGAGUCCUCAGGGAAGCUGAACAGGCUCGUUAUCGACCAUGUCUCGUUCUGUUCGGCCGUGGAAGCAGUGAAAGGGCCUAUGGGGAUGGACAACAACACCCGAAUGUUCCAAUUUGCUUCAUAUGCAUCUCAAAUGAGCAUUGGCGAUCAGUUGAUGGCGCUAUCACAAGGAGGCUGUGUGUGCAUCCCUUCUGAAUCCCAGCUGGAGGACAUGGAAAGUGCGAUUGGUGAUCUGGAUGCGAAUUGGGCAAAUCUCACUCCCUCCAUAGCUCGGAGCAUCAAUCCUUCCAGCGUGCCAUCCCUCAAGACGAUAUGUAUCGGCGGUGAGCCCACGACUGGCUCGGAUGUGGCACGCUGGCAGGGUUCUGUCCGGUUGGUCAAAGGCUAUAGACCGGCCGACUUCCCAUUCCAUGGUACGAUACAACCCAACGCUCUGGACGCAUUAGACCCGCGCAAUGUCGGCGUGGGAGUGGGUGUCUCGUGUUGGAUUGUAGAUUCUUCGAAUCAUCAAAGACUCCUCCCUCUAGGUGCCGUUGGAGAGCUCGUUCUUCAAGGCCCGAUUCUUGGCCUCGGCUGUGUUGCGAGCCAGAGUCAAAAUUCUGCCUCUUUUAUUGAACCUCCACCUUGGUUACAACAGUUUGAACCAAUUGGUCCUGGCCGGCUUUACAAGACCGGUGACCUAGCUCGAUACCAAUCCGAUGGGUCGAUCCUCUAUAUGGGGCGCAAGGACGCACAAGUCAAGAUCCAAGGUCAGCGACUGGAACUUGAAGAAAUUGCAGCUCAUAUCCGGCAAUAUUUCUCCCAGGCCAAGGACGUGGUUGUCGACGUGAUUAGGCCUGAUAACGGGAGUGCGAAACCAAUCUUAGUCGCAUUCAUCAGCCACUCCUUCAACGCCACUGUUGAUGACUCUUACAACGUUGCUUUUAUUGAAGCUUCAGCUGAUUUCCAUAUGGAAGUCCUCAAGGCUCAAACCGAACUCCCAGACCUGUUACCGCCUUCCAUGGUUCCUGCGGCAUUUCUCCCUGUGGAUAGGAUUCCGCUUAGUCUCUCGGGCACAGUGCACCGGAAGCUUCUUCAAGAGGCCGCCUCACAUCUUUCACCGAGCCAAAUAUACGCAUACGCCGAGACUAAUGGCCUAAAUGAUCAAAAUGGAAUUCCAGCAAGCGAACUUGAGAAAUCAUUGCAAGCUUGCAUUGCACGUGUGCUCAACAAGAACUCUAGCCACGUAGGUUUGGACGAGAACUUCUUCCGCUGCGGAGGAGACUCUAUCAGCGCCAUGAUUCUUGUUUCUCAGUGUCGUCAACGAGGAAUGGUCAUGACUGUUGCAGACGUCUUCCGGCACAAAACGAUUCGACGAUUGGCUUCCCAUAUUCAGUCAGCCAAGGCAACAGCAGCGGGAGAGGAAGAGACUGUGGGAACAGUAUUUCACCUCUCCCCAAUUCAACAGGCGUUAUUUGAUCGUAUCCCAGAGGGCCUAAACAAUUACAGUCAGAGCUUUUUAGUCAGGCUCAGACGACCAAGGAAAUCUAUCGAGACUGCGAUAGCAAUUAUAGUGAAAAGACACGCAAUGCUCCGCGCUCGUUUCAAGAAACAAGCCGGGGUCUGGGUACAAAUGGUCACUGAUGAUAUUGAGCAUUCAUAUCGUUAUCGUAGCCUAGCGAUCUCUGUUGCGGAGACUACUAGGUGCUUCGUGGAAAGCCAACGAGCCCUUGACUUCAUGCAAGGCCCCUUGUUAGUGGCAGACCAUAUGACUGUCGGAGAGAACCAGUAUCUCUUCCUCGCUGCGCACCAUCUCGUCAUUGACCUUGUCUCAUGGCGGACCCUUUUGAACGACCUCGAAACGCUACUGGCAGGAGAGUCGCUCCCGCCUCUAUGCUCCUUGCCGUUCCAGGUCUGGUGUAAUUCACAAGCCGAAUAUGCGAAAAAUCAUCUCAGGCCAUCAAAGACGCUUCCAUUGCUAUCGACUUUUGCCGAUUUUGAGCUCAAUGUUGAAGAAUACUGGGGUCUGCCAAAAGGAUCCAAUAUCCACGCAGACGUGACGUCUACCAAAUUCACUGUUGAUCCAUGUGUCACGAAGCUGCUUCUCGGGCCUGCAAAUGAGGUACUGCAGACUAAGAUUGUUGAGCUUCUGCACGCCGCAAUUCUGCUCUCCUUUGUCAAGUCAUUCCCAGACCGUCCGCCCCCAGUUAUAUACCAGGAAGGUCAUGGAAGGGAACCAUGGAACAGCUCGGUGGAUGUCUCGGGAACUGUUGGUUGGUUCACAACGAUAUGGCCUGCCCUUAUUCGCGUGUCGGCGGACUCGACCUUUACUGAAGUGGUACAAUUAACAAGAGAAAUUCUACGCCAGACACAAGCCAACGGUUGGAGCUACUUUACUGCCCGGUAUUUGCAUCCCGAGGGAAGUAAGCGGCUUACCCUCGCAGAACCAAUGGAAAUUCUUAUGAAUUACCAUGGAGGUUACCACAAUCUGGAGAGCAAAGAUACUAUCCUCCAAGUCUCACACGAUAUUGUGGAUAUUCCGCCAGGCAUAGAUCCGCAAAUGCCAAGGGGUGAGGUCUUUGAUAUCGAAAUUUGGGUAUCUGGGGAUGCUUUGCAAUUUGAUUUCACUUAUAGCAAAAAUUCUCUGCGCCAAACGUCCAUCCGUGCCUGGAUAUCGGCAUGCCAGAUUCUCCUCCAACAUGCGGCCGAGGAGCUGUGUACCGCCUCUCACCAACAUAACUUGAGAAAUUUCCUGCAGUUGCCACUGGCCUCUCCUGACCACCAGUCUUCAGACCUUGCUUGUCCUAUUGGCGUUAACCCAGCGUCGGUGCAGGACGCCUUUCCUUGCUCGCCCGUACAACAAGGCAUAUUGUUGAGCCAGGGACGAAAUCAUAAAUUAUACACUACCAGGACGGUCUGGAAGAUAUCGAAUCCAGAUUCACAUCGGCCCAUCUCAAUUGAUCAAAUUCAACAGGCGUGGGCCCAGAUCGUGAUGAGACACCCAGCGCUUCGGACAAUCAUCACCGAGAGUCCCUCCCGCGACAGGGUCUACGAUCAAUGGGUCAUUGAUCACGGAGCCGGUAAAGUCAUAGUUCUGGAUUCAACCGACUCUCCGUAUGAGCCCCUAGGGACUUCUCCCUGGCAAUUCAUCAUCAAGCGAGCAUGUGAUGCAGAGAUCCUUUGUGAGCUCGCCAUCAGCCACGCGCUAGUCGAUGGUGUCUCAGUUCGUAUUCUUGGCACCGAGUUGAGCCGCACGAUCGAUGGAAAGCCCGUUGGCUAUCCGGCUAUGCCUUACAAAGAUUACAUUUCUUACCUGAAGUCUGUUCCCCGGCAGCAGAUUACUGACUAUUGGGGGGGUUACCUCAGUGACGUCACUCCAACCCUGUUCCCCAUCUUGAACGACAAUUCAAAGGACCAGUUACACUUUGUGACUCGCUGCAUUGACGCACAGCGUAUCAGAAAGUUCUGCAAGACGUAUGGAUCGACGAUAUUCAACGUGAUACAGGUAGCCUGGGCACUCGUCUUACGCUGCUACGCAGGCACAGACGAUGUUUGCUUUGGCUACCUAGCAUCCGGGCGAGAUAUUCCGCUCUCCGGUGUUGAGCACGCGGUUGGUCUGUUUAUCAACAUGUUGGUGUGUCGCCUGCAGUUGGAUGGCAACCUCCCCAUGCUGGCAGUUUUGCAAGAAAACGAGACCAACUUCAUUCGCAGUCUCGACCACCAACAUUGCUCACUGGCGGAAAUCCAGCAUGACUUGGGUCUUAACAAGGAGCCGCUUUUCAAUUCUAUCAUCUCUUACCAAGCUUCUUCUCCCAUGCAAGAAGAAGUGCAGGACCUGGCACAUAGCAAACCGCCGCCAGCCUUGUUAGAGACGGUGGGAGGAGAAGACCCUACUGAGUACGGAUUGGUGAUCAACGUGGAUGCCGACAGCAGCCAGGUCAGCCUUUCCCUGAGUUUCUGGGACACCUUCCUCACUCCCGAGCAAGGAUCUAGACUGUGUGAUAGAUUAGUGCAUGCUAUUUCCAGCAUCGCCGACAGUCCCUCCACAACCGUUGGCGACCUCGAUCUAGUUACUCAGGAGGAGCUGAACAUUAUUCACUCGUGGAACACGCAUUUGCCGCAGACGGAAGAGGUGUGUGUCCACGAUCUGAUCAUUGACCAAUGCCGGGCCCGUCCCGAGGCACCAGCCGUCUGCGCAUGGGAUGGAAACUUGGACUACAAGAAUCUUUAUCUGCUCUCCACAGGGCUGGCGGCGCAGCUUCAGCUACUCGGGGUUGGACCCGACGUCUUUGUGCCGCUACUCUUCGAGAGGUCGAAAUGGGUCUCCGUGGCGAUGUGGGCGGUUAUGAGAGCCGGUGGCGCAUUCAUUUUGCUGGAUGACUCUUAUCCAGAAGCCCGUUUGCGUGAAAUUUGUGAGACUUCACGUUGCCCUCUUGUUAUUUCCUCGUCCUUGAACUAUGGGAAGGCUGCACUGCUCACUGAGCGAGUGGUUGUGGUCUCGCCGAGCGAGGCCGUGCAAUGGGAGUCAGAUCUAGGGACAACUUCCCUCCAGCAAAAUGUCCUCCCUCACCAUGCUCUCUACUGCGUCUUUACCUCUGGUUCGACCGGUAAAUCAAAAGGGGUCGUCAUCGAGCAUUCGAGCUACGCGACAAGCGGCCUAUCGCUCCAAAAACGACUGAGAGUUGGGAACCAAUUUCGAGUAUUCCAGUUUGCCUCGCACGCGUUCGACGUGAGCAUCAGCGACUACCUGACAACGUUCAUGGCAGGAGGUUGUGUAUGCGUUCCCUCUGAAGCAGACCGAAUAAAUGAUAUCCCACACGCGGUGCAAAAGCUUGCCGCGAAUUGGAUGCAUAUCACCCCGUCCGUCGCGCAAACUAUCGACCCGUCGCAAGUAGAAGGGAUCAAGAUCUUGGUCUUGAGCGGCGAAGCUAUCAAGACAGACAACAUCAAGACUUGGGGACAGUCGGUUCAUCUCAUCAAUGCAUACGGGCCAGCCGAGUGCUCCGUAGACUGCGUCGUCAACGACCAGGUGGCUUCGAGUCCUUCAAGCAUUGGAUACGCAAGCGGCGCGAGGUGUUGGGUCACCGACAGAAACAAUCCCGCUCGACUACUUCCCAUCGGCGUUGUUGGGGAGUUGCUCGUCGAGGGUCCCGUCGUCGGUCGCGGAUAUCUACAUAAUGAAGGCCAAACUCGGCAAAACUUUAUCGAGCCGCCUCUUUGGCUCGAGGACUUUAGAGGCCAAGCUUCCUCUCCACGGCACGUGUACAGGACAGGGGAUCUCGUCCAGUAUCUACCCGACGGCUCCCUCAAAUACGUUGGACGCCGGGACGGCCAAGUCAAGAUACACGGCCAGCGUGUCGAACUAGGGGAAAUUGAAUCUCAUCUGCUUCGUUUCUUCCCCGGGGCCCAAGACGUCGGCGUGGAGGUUCUCCAACGACCAGACGUUGCGUCCCAAAAGGCAUUGACAGCGUUUAUAAGACAGCGAACACUUGAUUCCAAGGGAGACGAGUUUUCGACGCUCGAGCCCAGCCAAGAGUUUUACACAGACGUCCACAUUGCAGAAUCGCGACUCCUUCAGAGCGUGCCUCGGCACAUGGUUCCGACAAUGUUUGUUGCUGUCAAUUACAUUCCAUUGACUAGGUCGGGCAAGAUUGAUCGUUCCAAGCUGCGUAGCCAAGCAACGAAGAUCACAUGGUCCGACGGGGGAUCUGGUGUUCAGCGCAACUCGCAGCGACCAUUGACCGAGACUGAGCGCACAAUACAAUUGACGGUUGCCCGGGUGCUGGAGCUUAGACCAGAUGUGAUCAACAUUGACGCGGACUUUUUCCAGAUGGGCGGGGACUCCAUCACGGCCAUGCAGCUGGUAUCCCUCGCUCGUCAUGAGGGUCUCACGCUGACAGUAAGACAAAUAUUCGUCUCUCCAGUGCUGGCAGAUCUUGCCAGAUAUGCCCAGCAGUCCACGGCUGUGUCGAUUCCGGCGGCACCUGUCGCGGAACCUUCAGACAAGACGGAGGACGGAUUGUCGAUAGAUUUGCCUUGGGCAGACCUGCCCUUCGGAGAAGAUGAUGUGGUCGAUGUUGUUCCUACAACAGAUGUCCAGGCCUUUUCUGCAACGCGGCCGCAAAACUACUGGUUCCUGCAGUUCUCUGGACCACUGGACACGGCUCAGCUGAGGCGGGCUUGCUCAGAGCUGGUCGAGAAACACUCGAUUCUCAGAACAGUAUUUGUUCCGCACGCUGGCCGCAUCCUGCAAGUCAUCCUCCGCCGCAUAUCCCUGGACGUGACCGAGUGCGACACGGAUCUGAAGGACUUGAGGGCAUUUGCUGAAGCAUACGGCCGUCAAGAUUUCCCUUCUCAGACUCUAUACGGGGCAGUGCCACUGGCCUUGACUCUUGUGAAGGGCAGCGACGGGCGUCACCUACUCAUAGUGCGGAUGACACACGCGCAAUACGACGGUCUCUCCAUACCCAAGUUGGCGGCGAACCUUGUUGAUUUGUAUCACCAACGAGCCGUCUCCAUCGCCGCGGACUUUGCGACAUAUGUACGACACUGCAAUGAGAUUCAAACGGCGGCAUCAUUUGACUUUUGGAGACGUCUGCUCGAUGGAUCAUCCAUGACUUCACUAUUUGGUCAGGCAGCAGCAACACGUGCACUGAGUGGUUCCCGCUCCUCGAGCCUCGUCGAGUCAAUAGCAAGCGUGCCCCUGCCAACGCCUCCUCGCGGAAACACACUGGCCACGGUGGUGAAGACGGCUUGGGCGCUGGUUCAGUCCAAACUACUAGGGCGGUCCGACAUCGUCUUCGGCCAACUAGUCAGCGGCCGCAACACGGGCGUCCCCGAGCUGGAGGACGUCAUCGGGCCCUGCAUCAACAUCAUCCCCGUCCGGGCUCGAAUACAGCCAGCACAGAGAAUCAGCCAUCUCCUGGAGCAAGUCCAGGCCCAGCACGCGGCUACGAUGCCGUUUGAGACGACGGGACUGCGCGCCAUCGUCAAGAACAGCACCCCGUGGCCGGCAGACACCGACUUCGGGUCCAUUGUCCACCACCGGUUCUCUCGGGACCAAAGCGCGCUGGAAUCCGACGAGCUGUCGUGCCAGAUAGACGCGUGGUCGCCGCUCUCCCUGCCCGCGAUGAACGUGUGGGUGUCCACGGUGGCGGAGGACGACCGGCUGAGCAUCAACAUCUUCUCCCGCAGCGAGGUCGCGUCGCAAGCGCAGAUGGAUCGGCUGAUGGCGGAAAUGUCUGCCAUGUUGGCAACGUGCACAGAAGGCGUGUACGUGCCCGUUGAGGACAGCCACGAUGAUUGGGUCCGUUUGUAG